AUGCCUCCGUCACGAGUUGCUUUUGGUCCUACAGCAUCGCAUCGUUUGAGCCUGGUAGGUUUCGGCUAUGGCAUCCAGCCCACCCACACCCUAUCCCUCGGCCGUUAUCCUCCGUGGUGGGCUUGGUGCAGGGCGUGGGGGCCUGACUAUUCUCGCAAUCGGUCGGCUUUGGGUAGUUGCGGUUGGUGUGGCCAAACUGGUCGCAGUUCGCUACCCACCCUCCAUCCCUUCGUCGCCCUCCACCGUACUAGGCUUGCAUCCAGCUCACCCACACUCCAUCCCUCGGCCGUCAUCCUCCGUGGUGGGCUUGGUGCAAGGCUUGGAGGCCUGCCUCUUCUCGUGGCUGUUGCGGCACUCCACGCGAGACUACGAGUUCGAACUCCUCGCAGUUCGGCACUGGACCUUAGCCAUAUUCUUCGGCUCCGGAAAAUCCAUGCCGCUCACGAGGGAUGGGCACUUAUACCUGUCACACUUGCGCUACUGGGUCUGGCGCCCAUUCACGCAGUCCCAUUGCAAGGCAUUGGCCAACCAGUUGGCUUUAGGCAGUUGCGGCACUGCAUCUGGCGCUCACUCAAGCACUCCGCCUUGACCAGUUCGUUGGACUCGGCCCGAACUUAUCUGGGCAACCUUGCUGCUAUGACCCCAUUUUCUUGCCAUGGCGCUCCUCUCCCCAGUUGCGGCAGACAUCGGGCCUUUGGUUGCGCAGCUGCGAGAAAGGUGGCCAGCUUCGUCGCAGCUCCUGGCUCUGGUCCUGACGUAGUGGCUUUUGCCUUGGACCGCCUCGCCGAUGAGGUCUUUUUUCCCUGUGAAGGGAUUCCUUUUUACGAAGGCUGGCACCAGCAGGCUGUGAAUGCUCGUUUGUUCCACCCCUUGUGGUGUUGGCUCGCUUGCAGCUCUUGUGAUUUGAUGAAGUCUUUUCUUCGCAGGAAACUUGUCUUCUGCAUAGGCAGCCCGGCAUUUGUGUUUUUGGAGAUGGUGCUGAAGGCUUGUGUUCACAGGUGGCCUGUCAUUUGUAUUCUGCCAGGCGGCCCGGCAUUUGUGGUUUCGAGGCGGCCUGGCAUUUGUGAUUUGCGAGGUGGCGUUGGCAGCUCAUUUGAUUUGCAAGGCAGUAGUUUGAAUAAUGAUUAUUCAGUGAAUAUUCAAUAUUCAGUCUUCCGCGGAGGUCAAUUUGCAUAUAAUUAG